UCUGCUUCUGGAAUAGGGAUUUCAUUGAGAAAAUGGUUCUGAUAAUAAGUGAUCCUCUUGCGAACUCUACGACGUCUGAUGCCGAGCGCGUCCAAGUUCUCCAGAAAGAUAAUGUCCCCGAAAUAGGACGCGAUUUUUCGGAUACAAGAACGGUGUCCUCUAGGCUAUGCGAUGGAGGACACGUCUGCUCUCCUCCGAAAGAGUGCUGUUCUUACGGCUGUUGUUACAGUGUCUUUACGCCGGUGCAUCCCCAUGUCUCAGAGAUGUUCAAUUUCUUGAUUUGGACCUAUUGGUACCUGUGGGCAGCAGUGCUCACAGCCUUGGCCAUAGCCGCAGCGUGCGGCUUCUGGCUAUGGAAACGUCGACGUUCAACGCUGUCAGAAGAUUGUGUGUCUUCGGAGAGGACUUCCACAGGUCCGUGGUAUCCGCCUCCUCAUUACAGCCGAUGCAGUUCCUUCGUCCAGGCCUUACCUCCACCCUACAAUGAGGUCACCGCAAAGCCAGACCUUUAUCCGCUAGUGAUUGGUUACGAUGAGAGUACGGGCAAGGGUACUUCUGGCUUCGUGAUGCGCUACUUCAGAUCGCUGUCUCACGCGAGCACGUUGGACUCGCUGAGCUCCAGCUUCAUGUGCAACAUGGUAAACGAGGCAAAUACCAUCAUUCCACCACCGUACUCUUGCAACAACAGCGUCGACGAGCUAUCAGCAGCGGAGUGCGAGCGCAGAGAGGCUGGUUCGGUCGUCUCCUUGACAAAUCACAGAACAACUUCUGACAUAUCAAGCCUAGCUGCUCAAUCGCCUUGCUCCCCACCGAGGGCUACCAGCCCGACGAUAGAGUUACGAGAAUUGUUGGAUAAGAUACAGCAACUUCCGCACUUGUCUAACGGACACUCCAUUACCACUAGUAGCACCACCUCCUCCACCGUCUUGCCUUGCCAACAGCAACAACAAAACCAAGCUCCGAUCUUGUGUGUGACGAGUAGCGACGGUUGCACGCAACAACGGCCCUUGAGUCCCGGUGAUAUCGGCUCGUAUAGGGUAAGGAGGACCCGAGGCAAGCUGUACAUGCCAUUAGGCCUGCCGAGCUCGCGCAACAAAACGAAGCGGUGGAUGUCGCGCUCGGCCCCGACGACUCCCUCGGGAACGAUACCGAUGUCGUUCCUGCCGGGACAGAGCAGAAGGCCGUCAGAGACGGACAACAACAACCAGCAGGCGGUGCCGCUGCUCGCCGAGCAGGACGAGAACGAGAACAAUAACGCGGAUCAGCCGCAGGCAGGCGUGCCGUUGCUCGCCGAGCAGGAGGAGGACCGACCAGCGACAUGACGCACAGUCCAACAUUGAGAACGGUUUAGACUUUAGAUCAGAGUUGUCUGAUAGAUCUUCGUCUCAUCAAUGCGCGCGGAUGCCCGAAGAAACUUCUGAAAUCGCCUGGUAAUAGAGUCUCGAGCUCAUUUAUUCCUGGAGAAGGAGCGGUCGGGACCUUGACAUUUAACUCACGCGACACACAUACGUUGAAAUAUCUAAAAUUAGUCGAGAGAAAUUCUCAGGAUCCCGAGACGAUCCUUAUUCUAUCUUUCGGCUCAAUUCGAGACUCAGCCAUCGGCGAUUUCGAGUAUCCUCACAUUAUUCUCAAUGUGUUAAUCACACUCAGAAAAAUAGACACGGUGAUGACAACCGUAUGGAUGAUAGUUGUACGAAUUUUGUAUGUAGAAUUAAUGUAUACGGCUUAAUAAGCUAUUUUUAGUUGUUGCAACUAAAACUUUAGUUGCAACAAAAAUAAUUUAUUAAACGAUAUACAUUGUAAUUCUACAUGUUAAAGCCAUAUCGUUGUUACUUUGUAGUUACCAUUGCGUUUUUUUCUAUGAGUGUGGCUCUCGCGCGCACACCUCCCACGUCGUUUUUCUCUUUUGAGAGAAGAACGACGUCGGCCAGCUCUGUUCUGAACCGUUCUCGCGCACGAUGCCAUCGGCACGAACACGAUCCGCAGGAGAUCGACAUCCCUACCGAUCCAAAUAUUUUUUAAUACGGCUCUGUAAGCGCGUGCGCGCAUGAGGCUUCUAAACUACGUCUAGUACAUACGAUAGUUGCAGUUUUUCGCAAUACGGAAAUACGAAGUGCCGUCGAUCGAUCCCUGACCGAAAGACGCAGCCUACUUUUUUAAAAAAUAAAACUCCGCGCAAUCGGAAGGGGCGUUGGGGGUGCUUCUGAUGAAGCGACUCGAGGCCUUGUUCCCGCAUAUACAUAGAGUUCUCCCCUUCCUAGAGUUCGAAUCUGCCGUUACUGUUCUUCGAGUAGUCACUUGCGGCCCUAGAUACGGAGACAAUGGAGAAUCGCUAUCAGUAGGACACUUGCGUUCGCUUUCCUAAGGGACGUAGAAGAUAAUAUCGUAAAGAUAACAAUGUAAAAUCUCAUGGUCCCUUCCGAUUUUGCGGUAACAAACCGAAGUCGCUGACACGGUUAUACAACUCCUCGCCGCCUUACAGCUAAAGUAAGCUUCACUUCCUCUCAAUAGAUCUCUUGGAUUCACGAUGACGACGAUGACGAUGACGAUUCUACGGGCAGUGUCGCGUCUCUUUAUGCGAAAUAACGAAUAGAGCACGCGACGGUGGUAAAACGCGACGUUUUGAAGCAAACGUUUCACGCCCUCGGAUUUAUGAACCUUCUUCUUGUUUACGAAGCUACACGCUUCGUUGAUAAUAUUUUUAAUCCUGAUUCGUAAGGUCAACCACAGAUUAACGCGCGCGCAGCGCAUUCGAUACAUCGAAAUUUAUCGCGAUAAGGGCGGGGAUAGAUUACGAAAGUUUCGGCAGCCGUCUGCGUUAACAGUUAAGCGGGACGAACUUUUUAUUAUAUAUAUAUAUAUAUAUAUAUAUAUAUAUAUAUAUAUAUAUAUAUAUCGCGUACCUAUAAGUUUUAUCAAUAUACAAACGAUGCGUCGUCCAUUCAAGUGAACCGGUCACCAGAGGGAAGGAGUUAGGACAAUACACACACGGACACAAAUAAGGCGUGACGUAACGUGCAGAAACGUAAAUGUGUGCAACGAUGCAACACAUACACACAUAUAAAUGAACACGCGAGCCAACGUACAAUGCAGAUUCCGUCAAGAAGUAGUGAGCUCCCGUCGUAGACUAUACAAAGACAAAUAGAUCAGCACAAGAGUUUGUAGCGCAUAGAACGGCUCACGUUUAUAAUUACGUUUAAGGCUCCUAUCUUCUCGCCAUGGAAUUCCUAAUGAAUGACGUUAGAAGCGAGAAAAUACACGCUAAAAUUCUUGAAAUGUUGAAAAGAUGUGUCCAUAAAAUAACAUUUGCAGUCGAUCAACAAGCGGACUUGUAAAAUAAUUCGUACACUUUCUCUUUUGUUCGAACAAUUAAUAAAUGGCCGCAAAAUUAAUGUGACAUGCAAUCUUCCUCUCUGAUCCUAUCUUCUCUUAUAAUUAUGUUACGUUAAUUUUAGAGGUAUUUAUUGAUCAUUAGAAUAAAAGAGAAGUGUUGAGUGAAGGCUAUCUUGCGGGUCUGCUCAAUCGAUUGCAAGUAUCAUUUUGUGAACGUAUCAUUUUAUUUACGUAUUUUGCAAGGAUUCUUUUAAUAUGUAUUUCCUUGCUUCUGAGCAUAGAGUCAUAAAGCAAGAUGGUUGUGGCGAGAGACCAGGGAGCGUUGAUCCUGAGAACGCAAACGAGGAUCCCGGGAUAAUGAAUUCAAAGUGCGAAUUUAGCAGCAGUAAGAGAGACACGUCAGUUGAAGUAUAGUUUAUGUGUCCUUCAUCGAAUUCUAUGUACUCUUCAUUUAACUCAUCUUUGUUUUACAGCUCACUUGAUAUAAUUUUGUCUGUGCAAGAUAUAAAAAAAUCAGAUAUUCUUAAAAUAUUUAAAUUAGAACAUUUUUUGAGACACUUCAUUUCCAAAAGGUAGAAUUUAAUGUAGUAUUCGCUUUUGAAUUCGCACACUUAUUUAUUUACUUGUGAUUCUAAAUAUUCCAACGCCCUUAUUCUAAAUUCUCUUUUGUCAAUAAAAAUGCCUUUAACUGUGACCUAUAAACCUUCUAAUUGUAAACACAUUUAGAGAUAAUCUUAUCGACAAAAGAGAAUUCAUGCACACACAUAGAAUAAAGACUUUAGUAAGUCGAUGAUUUUCACUAAAGUAUUGUAUGAUUCUAUACGACGUAGGACUUCGGAGAAGUACUGUGUAUAAACUAUACUUUUACAUCGAAAUUCACAUUGCGUUCACGAGUAAGGCAUUCAUAAUCGUGUAGAAGUUGUUGAAGAUCAUUCGACGAUGUAAUUACAAAUUUUAACUCUAAGAUGUAAAGGCAGUCACAUCCCAGACAGCACACAUGUCUAAAACUGGGACAUAAAACGUCUUUAAGUUGUCGACUUUAGCCCCUUGUCCACAACUUUGCUUUAAUUCUUAAGUCGUAAGAAAUUGACCA